AAGUGAAGAUGGCGGCGGCGGCGUCGGACCUGCUGACGGGAUGGUGCCUCUUCGGCCUGGCGCUGCUGGUCAUUCUGAUUUUCUGCUGGGUUUAUGUUCGCAAGUAUCAGAGUCGGCGGGAAAGUGAAGUGAUUUCUACCAUAACAGCAAUUUUUGCGUUGGCUGUUGCUCUUAUCACAUCAGCACUCCUGCCAGUGGACAUAUUUUUGGUCUCAUACAUGAAAAAUCAAAAUGGUACAUUUAAGGUCUGGGCUGAUUCUAACGUUUCAAGGCAAAUUGAAGACACUGUACUUUAUGGAUAUUACACGCUGUACUCCAUCAUUCUGUUCUGUGUCUUUCUGUGGAUUCCCUUUGUCUAUUUCUAUUAUGAGGAGAAGGAAGAUGAUGAUGGCAACACGUGCUCACAGGUUAAAACUGCACUCAAAUACACUCUGGGAUUCAUCACGAUUUGUGCAGUUCUUCUGUUAAUUGGUGCUUUUGUUCCUUUGGAUAUUCCCAACAAGAAGAAUUCCACAGAGUGGGAGAAAGUGAAGCUCCUGUUUGAAGAAUUUGGAAGUAGUCAUGGCUUGACUGCACUUUCGUUUUCCAUUAGUUCCUUGACUGUGAUUGGAAUGUUGGCAGCUAUCACUUACACAGCAUAUGGUAUGUCAGCUUUGCCUCUAAACUUGAUUAAGGGAACUACCAGUGCAUCUUAUGAACGUUUAGAGAACACUGAAGAUAUUGAAGAAGUGGAACAACAUUUAUUGAGGAUUAAAUCCAAGUGCAGAGAUGGUCGUCCUCUGUCAUCUAGGGAUAGACGGACUUUACAACAACUAGAAGAGAGAUUAAGGACACUUAGAAGGAGAGAGAGGCAUCUGGAAUCUAUUGAGAAAAGCUGGUGGACAAAAGCUUGUGAAGCUAUUCGACCUCUAAAGGUUGUGUGGGGAGUAUUCUUCAUCAUUGUGGCAUUGCUCUUCACUGUCUCUCUGUUCUUGUCAAAUUUGGACAAAGCUCUGCAUUCAGCUGGCUUCGACUCAGGAUUUAUAAUUCUAGGAACUAAUCUGACCAAUCCAUUGAAUAUGCUGUUACCAGUUCUUCAAAGAGUUUUUCCACUUGAUUAUAUUCUUAUCACAACCAUUGUUAUGUACUUUAUCUUCACUUCAAUGGCAGGGAUUCGAAAUAUGGGAAUAUGGUUCUUCUGGACAAGGCUUUAUAAAAUCAGACGAGGAAAAACUCGACCUCAAGCACUCUUAUUUCUCUGUAUGAUACUUCUAUUAAUUGUUCUUCAUACAAGCUACAUGAUUUACAGUCUUGCCCCACAAUAUGUAAUGUAUGGAAGCCAGAAAUACCUGGUACAGAGUAAUAAGACAAUUGAUGGUCAGCCACAGAAUGUGACACUUGUGUCUAAAGACUGUGAUGCAGAUGCACCUGAAGAUCAGUGUAUUGUCACUCGGACAUACCUCUUUCUUCAUAAAUUCUGGUUCUUCAGCGCUGCCUAUUACUUUGGGAACUGGGCAUUCAUUGCAGUCUUUUUAAUUGGAUUAAUUGUUUCAUGCUGCAAAGGCAAGAAAUCAGUCAUUGAAGGUGAAGUAGAUGAUGACGAUUCAGAUAUGAGUGAUGAUGAACUGUCUGUUUAUUACCAUUGACAGCUUUUUGCCUUCAAGAUGAAAAAAUGUAAAAUUAUGUUGAGAGUCAUGCCCACGUGGAACUUGUAUCCUGAUAAGCAUCUUUGCACCUGUAAAAAUAAAAGAGAUGUGUGUACACACUUAAAGGGAUAAAAAACCUGAUUAUCACUUUGAGUAUCACUGUUGAAUGAGAACAAAUGUUGAAGCUGACUUUGAAUACUAUAUAGAAAAUAUUGUUUUAUGAUUAAACAUAUACGUAACCUUCUGAUGUAUAAUUUGGUGAACUGUUGUAACUGUUUCAUAAUUCACAAUGCUUUUCUGUUAACUUAGGUUUUCUUAAAUACUUUUAUGCUUAAUUUGUUGGACUUUUAAAUUCAUAAAUACAACUAACUAAAAUCCUGCAAAACAGUGCAAAUAUUGCAGGAAAGAUUUGGAUUAAGUUUAUACUCUAUGAAGGGCUUGACUUGACUUUUGCAUUAGUUUUGAUGGAUUACUAUAUAAAACUAUAUCUAUCAAUUAAAGUAUGCCAAAAAUAUUAUUUAAAUGGUGAGUUUCCAGUCUGUGAAAAAAGUAAUUUUAAUACUGUGAUCUCCACUGAGUUACCACAGAGAUUCUCAGGUAACUAUGAGGUGGCUUUUGCUCUCUCAAAGGAAAUCAUAGUGUAAAUUACAAUAUUCAGCACUGUUGCAGUGUUUUAGUAAGGUUGAGUUCUGAAACUUCCAGGUGCCUGAUCUAGUCAUAACCAAUGGAAUAAUUAAGAUGUGAUUAAUUUUUAACUUAUUUUUCUCUUUAAUGCAAAUUGUCUAGUUUGAAAUUCUGUCAAUAUUUAAUGUUGUCAAUUUGUUUACAAACCCAUAUGUUUAUAUAAACACAGUUCAGAAAUA